CUGCUUUGCAGACGCAGUGUGUGCAAGUUUUUCACAGUAUAUCGUAUCAUGGUAGAAUAUUUGAAAUUCCUCUAAAAUAAACAACUUUUUGAAUUGUGAAUUGUGAUUAGUUAUUCAAAUAAUCUUUCUACAAUUAUUGCUAUUUGUGGAGUAAAUCAUAGUAAAUAGUGUAAUCUCAAUUUGAUAUAUUUCGAAAUCAUCGCAGAUACCAGAGUUUAUGCCUACCUAUGUACAUAUAUUUUAUUAUCAUUUGAAAAAUCGAUGCUUUGUCAUUAUAUUAAAAACAUGAAGAGAAACAACAACAAAAACAAGAGCCAAUCAACCCAACUUUCACUUUCAAAAACCUGUUAGUUUAUAAAGCUUAUAGCUACAAAUGUACAAAGCCAGAGACUCUGACUCUUCGUCUCUUUGACUUGUCUAUUACGCGAGAUGAAAAUUCGGCAUCGUUACGAAGGUGUGGAGGUAGAAUUUGCAAAUUGCAGCACUUGGAUUAGGAAUCGAAUUCGGAUUCGGGUGUUGAUGUGAUUGAAGUCGAUCUAAAUCUAAAGGUUGAAUAUUGUUGACUCCUUUAUGUUGCGCGGGUAUCUAAAAAGUUUUUAAACAAAACAUGGCCAAUCUUUUUUGUUAUCGACCUAUUCGAUGGCUAAAAUUGUCAACACUUUUGGCAAUUGUUUUUUAUUUAUUUUUCAUUGGAGUCACAUUUAACGUUACCAUUGGUUCGAUGAAUAAAUUAAUCUACUCGAAGAAACAUAACACAUUGGCUCCUAAUUCUGCGGAAGAAAAAGAUCAGGAUAAUUCAAGUGAACGUCUAUUGGAACCGGAAACUGUUAUUUUGGCGGCAAGUUCAACAGAUGAAUUGCAAAUUUUGGAAAAGGCAUUUAAAAGUGCUGACAAAAAUCGAGACUCAUUUCUCGAUAUUCAAGAGCUUGCCAAGUAUAUCAAUCGAAAAAUAAUUGAACACAUUGAAUGGGCCAUUCAAACAAAUCCCAUUGAGUUUAGCAGAGUAGACAAGGAUCCUGGUGACGGUUUAAUAACAUGGGAGGAAUAUCACACUUUUUUCCUAAAAGAGCACGGCCUUGAUGAGAACGAAAUUAAAGACCACAGUGAAGUGAAACAUCCAAGUCUGGAUCGCAAGGCAAAAGAAGAAAUGAUGCGUGACAAAGCACGUUGGUCAGAGGCUGCUCGCAUCGAUCUAUUCAGUUUGACUCUCGAUGAAUAUUUAGCUUUUCGUCAUCCUGAAUCCAGUACUGCGAAUUUACUUAGUUUGGUUGACGAUCUCUUGAGGCUUUUCGACAUAGAUGGCGAUGAUCAGUUGUCGAUAGAAGAAUUUUCGGAUGUUACAGUUGACGAUGAUGAUGAUGUUUAUAGGAGAUCUGUUAUAUCAAAGACUGUCGAAGAGCGUCGAGAAGAAUUCAAGCGAAUUAUUGAUAAAAAUAACGAUGCUCGAGCGGACAGAGGUGAACUUCUCAACUAUGUUAAUCCAAGACAUCCUAGAUAUGCUGUUCAAGAAGCAGCUACACUAAUAAGUCUUACUGAUUCUAAUAAGGACGGAAAGUUAUCUCUUAGAGAGAUUCAAGAUAGCGCUAAAAUCUUCCUGCAAUCUAAAAUGAUUGACACUGCAAAUAGUUUUCAUGAAGAAUUUUAGGAACUAUUUGUAACCUAUCUGUCAAUUCAUACAAAUAAUACUCUUCAAUUCUCAGCACAAUUUGAUUCUCAUGUUCAAUUUCAAUCACCGUCCUGGGCAAUAUUUUCAUAUAACUACCUAUACCUACAUACGCAAAAACACAUACCUAUACAUAUAUACACACAUAUAUUUCAGCAUUUAAGUGUAAUUUAACUUCAACUAAUCGGUCAAGUGAUACUAUUAAUGGGAUCGUAUAGUUUCUAAAAACAAUGUAGAGCCGUAGACUUACAAUUUUGUUAUCAAUGUAUUUUAAAAUGUUUUAAUUUUUAAGAUUAUUAUUAUAAUUAUUAUCAAAUAUAAAUCGAAUUAAUGUUUGAAUUUUUAA